AUGUUUGCCUAUUUAUUUAUUCCUCUGGUAAUUAUUAUUUCUUCGAGCUGCAGCCAUGGAGUGCAGUUAAACCAACAAUUUACAGGCUCCUUCACAUUUUAUACCGGUAAUGGAUUUGGUGCUUGUGGCCAGCAGAUUAAUGCAGAUACUGAAAUGCUGGCUGCUAUUAGCCAUACAGAAUGGACUAGUGGAAAUCCAAAUAAUGAUCCAAUUUGCCGUAAUAUCUGUCUUAAAGUGGAUUAUCAAAUCAAAUCAAAUUUAUACGCACCAGCGCGACGAUUUCAGACAAUAAUAAUGUGA